CUGCUGGAAACAGUCCCAUCAAGAACCCGCCAAGGAAAUGAAGCUGUCUCCCUCCUCCAGGUCAUCAUUGCCACUCGGUAGAUCUGCACUGAGACCCAUCAGACGAACUCCCAAGGAGGAGACGCCAGUAGUUAGUGCAGCGCCCAUUCCCCCCACACUCCCAAAGGAGAAAAAGGUGCAAAAGGAGAGUGCUCACACCACCGCACAAGUCACCAAGGAACCGCUUUCCAAAGAUGCAGCUGAAAAAUUCAAGAAAGACGAGGAGGUAGACAGACCUACAUCUCCAGUUGUGCCAACAGAAGUAAUAGACAGUUAUACAGUCCCCAAGGUCCCAUCACCAAUCCCUUUUGCAGAGGAAGAUAUGAAGGAAGAGGACACUGAAGAACAGAUCAAUGAUGUAGAUGAUAGUCCUGUUGUGACUCCAUCACCUAAAAAGGUGCUGUCUGCACCCCAACCUUGUAAGCCCUCACAUCUGCCAGUUAUUGCUUCUACCCCUGCAACUAAAAAUGUUGAACCUCGUCAGGCAAAGACAGAAAAUACUGUAGAUGAAGAUCAGACACAUGUCGGCACUGUUGUGAAUGAAGAACCUCCAGUGACCACAGAGGCUAGUAGCAGUGUGGCAACUGAGUUGCCAGCUGUGGAGAAGAACGUUAACAGCAAUGUUGUUCCCAGACAGCUAGAAGAAUGUAGUAGUGAUGCCAAUGUUGUGGUCGACCAGCCAGAAGUGAAGACAUCACCGCUUACUGAACUUAAGAUUGUGGAAGAGGGACAGAGUGAUGAUGAAGACAUUGAGGUGGAGAAGAUCAGUUCAGUGGAGGAAAAAAGCAUUAACUCAAUCAUUUCCGGGCCUGCUGAGGAAAAGUGUCACCCUGAGGAAAAUAACGAGAAAAACAGGUCUGAGGUACCAACAGAAACAAAACCACCUUUGGACAAUUCUGAAACAACCGAGAAAGGAACUUCAGAACCAACUGAUCCCAAUGUUGCUUCAGUCAGGCAGCUGCGCGCUCGAUGGGAGAACCGCUUCUCUGCAAGUUUUGACGCAUCGCCAACGAAAGAGGAACAGGAGAAUGACGUGCCUGCCAGACCAAAGAGUCAAAUUGUCACCUCUUUUCUAAAGGAGUUUGAAGAGACCCUCCAGCCCAAGUGUUUUGCUCCUUCAGAUAAAGUCGUCCUUCGUUCUGGUUUGGCAACUCAAAGCCAACCAGUCUUUAUUCGGCAACUGAGCCACCCUAUCCCCAAACGUGCCAUGUACUACCCCAAUCCCAACGCAUCGACCGAUACCUUGAAAAGAUGCAGCCAUCCCAGUUCUGUAUCCGCUGUUUACAACACCUCCCCUUCUGCCGAAGGUCAGACACUCACACUCGAUAGACGGAUUACAAAACUCCACGGAUCCAGCAUGUUGAGUACUCAGAAUGAGUUAAAGUCGCAAUCUCUGGCUGCUGCCACCGGAACUCUCAGAUUACCAAAACCCCCCAAGCCUCCAAGAAGUGUGUCCUUGGCGGCCACCAAAGAUUCGCCCAAUGCAGACCCUUCACACCCUCCCCCUCCCAAACCUAAGCCUAAACCCAAACCUAGACCUCCAGUAAGACACACCCCAAUUAUGAGGGAAUCCUCCAGUAGUAACGAGGCAUUGGAUACCCCGGAAAGCUCCAACUCCACGAACGCAGCCCAAAAUGAGAAGACAAAUAACGCCCCUGCUGCGACCCCAUCGUACAUCGUGACUGCAAGAGCGGCUGUCAACUUUGCCUGCACCUACGCUGUGGCGGACUCCCUGCUGUGCGAAACGCAACGUAACAUGCAGAACGUGGGAAACGCAGCCAUGCGGGCCGGACAACCCAGCGUGAACGACCAGAAACAGGCAGUGCUAAAUGCUCAACGAGAGUUUAGCAAUGCCACCCGCCAGCUCGUGGGCAUUGCCGUGAGUGUUGACGGACUGAAGGACCUCCCCAGUACCUUCACCGCAUGCACCAACCACCUGAAGGAGCUCUGCGAGGUCGCCCAGGCUCUCAUGCAGUCCCUGGGUCGCACGGACCAGGCGCGGGCUCUGGGGCAGCGCCUGUGCGACGUCAUCUCGUCGUUCCGGGACACGGUGAAGGCAAUGGAGGCGGCUGUGGGGAAGCCUGCGGGCGACACCAGCAGGACCCUCCUCAGCAGACAAACCACGACCUUGGCGGCCGUCAUGUCUGCUCUGCAGAGGUCACUCAGGUCACUACAAGCCAGAUAAUAAGGGCAGAACUGGACUCUGUAGAGUGCUCACACUACACAUUGUUGAAGACUGAGUUACCAGUAGUUGCUACGGUGUCUGGUUAUCAUAACCAAGAUGUCAACUGCUGUAUUCAUGUCAAAGAUGUGUGUACCAUCUCCACGUUCUUAUGUAUACUUGGUUUGUCAUUGCUGCUUUUAAACUUACCUCAUACAAUGUCUAUAGAAGAGCCGAUGAUGUGAAUGCAGAAUGAUGCAGUGUCAUAAUACUAACUAUAUGUUAGCCAUUCUAUCCUCGGUCUACAGUCAAACCUGUCUAUAGUGAUUGAUCAUGUAGUAGACAGGUGUCCACUAUAGACUAGAUUCACAGUGGCCUGGUAGUCUGUAUGAUACAGAUGUGGCCACUAUUAUUAGCUAGUACAGAUUUAAAUGUACAUGUACUUUAGCACUCAAGUCACAGACCCCACACAGGUGAGGCAUAUUAAGAGGUAUUUUGUUAAUUAAAAGGAUUCUCAAGAGUAAAGACUGUAGCACAAUAUUUAGUAUGACUGUUACUUGUAAGUUGCCACUACAGGUCAGUAGUAAGUAGUAUACAAAGUAGCUCAUGAUGUAACAUAGGAAGUACGAUGAAACAAUUCUUAGAGCAAAUAAGUAGGGAAUACCAUAGAUUUGCGUAUAGCAAACAGUUGUCAGUUUUACCAGUAUUUUCAUGGCUUAGUUAACUGUUAAGAAUAGCAGAUUGACCAGUGUUACCUUUGGGGGAUGUAGGACUAUAAUAUAAGUUUUGUCCCAAGAAGAAAACCGCUUUGCCAAAUUGCUUGAUAUCCCGUAGUUAUUGGACCCCCUCACAACAUUUAAGUGCCACCUCUUUAUUGUAGCUUUUGAAACGUGAAGUAAAUUGUGUAGUAGCCCAGAUUUAAGAACAUUAUAAUGACAGCAAGCCACAGAAUGAGAUUCGAAGGUAGUAAUGCAGAGAUGGUCAAUUGUGCGUUAUUGCUAUCAAAUAGCCAUAGGCUGUCAUGCGAGUACUGGUAAUGUUCAUGGUAGUUUUAUGUUUGCAGUUUUUGCUUUGACCUAUCGCUGUAAGAUCAUCAUAGAAUGAACAUGAUUGUUCAGCCUUGCAUGUCAUUGCUAUGGUUUUUCCUUGCAACUGCAACCUUGAAAGUUAAAACAUUGCAAAUGUCUCCUUGCCCCUCCCACUGUGAAAUUAAGUCCCCAUGAAGAUUUCUUUAAUAGUACACAUAUCUGCCAGUAUUCCCUUUCUACUGGUCAGAUUGGUAUGAGUUUAAUACAGUCUUACCUUGGCUUGAAGAAAACCUUUAGAAAAUGGUGCACUGGCAAAAAUGGUACAAUCUUUAUAACAAAACUAAGUACAGUUUUUACUUAUUUUGUUGAAUCAGGAGAUU